AUGUCUCAACAAGCUAAUAGUAUCAGAAGAAAGUUGGUCAUCGUAGGUGAUGGUGCCUGUGGUAAAACUUGUCUGUUGAUUGUCUUCUCAAAGGGUCAAUUCCCAGAAGUUUAUGUUCCAACCGUGUUUGAAAACUACGUGGCUGACGUCGAAGUCGAUGGUCGUCGUGUAGAAUUGGCUCUAUGGGAUACUGCCGGUCAAGAAGAUUACGAUAGAUUAAGACCUUUAUCUUAUCCAGAUUCCAACGUUGUCUUAAUUUGUUUUUCUAUUGAUUUACCUGAUUCUCUGGAGAACGUUCAAGAAAAAUGGAUUGCAGAAGUAUUACAUUUCUGUCAAGGUGUUCCAAUCAUCCUGGUAGGUUGUAAAGUGGAUCUAAGAAACGAUGGGCAAGUGAUGGAGGCUCUAAGAGAAGUAGGUCAACAACCAGUAUCUACUACUGAUGGUCAAGCUGUAGCAGAACAAAUCGGUGCUACAGGUUACUAUGAAUGUUCUGCAAAGACAGGAUUUGGGGUUAGAGAAGUCUUUGAAGCAGCUACAAGAGCUUCAUUGAUGGGUAAGUCAAAGACUAAUGGGAAAACUAAGAAAAACUCAAACUCUGAUAAGAAGAAGAAGAAGAGAAAGUGUACUCUAUUAUAA